AUGGGGAACGCCGCCGCCUGGCCCCAUCGGCUCGUAAACCUCGAGAAGUUCCCAGGCCCCGUCCGGGGAUCUGCGCGAAUGGCCUCACCUUGUAUUUUUCAGUCUUCCUCUCACCCUUCUAGCCUCCUCUCCACCCGCGCACUGCUGGGACUUCGUGCCCAGGUUUCCACUCCCGUCCACCCCACCACCACCCCAGUCCCGCUGCCGCUGCUCCGUGGCCCCAGCGCGCCCCCCUAUGAACAUCAUCCUAAGGAAGACAGUGAUUUUGACGCUGUUCUCCUUUCAGCAUCCAAGAUCCUAAAUUCCUCUGAGGGCUUACGGGAAAGUCUUGGCAGUGAAACAGAAUACAGCUGCAAAACAGAAUCAGAAAAUCAAGUUCAACCACAAUCAGCAUUGAAAGCUCUUCAGCACCAACUGGAAUCAUUUCAAGCUCUCCGAAUACAGACUUUACAGAAUGUUAGCAUGGUACAGUCUGAAAUCAGUGAAAUACUGAACAAGAGUAUUAUUGAAGUGGAAAAUCCACAAUACAGCUCAGAAAAAAAUCUAAUAUUCAGCACACGAAUUGAGAAUUCUUUGCCUAUAGAGAAUGAAGAAGAAACCUUUUCGGUGGAGAAAAUGAAUCAUUUCGAGGAUUCCAGCUCUCUCCUGUCAAAGGAAGAAAAAUUCAGCAGUGUUAGCAGUCUCUCUCAAGGCAUAAACACUCCAUCUCAGAUACAUCUGAAGGACACACUGACUCUGAGAAUGUCAGCAGACAAUGCAUCCUCAACCAUAAUUACGAGCUCUUCAGGAAAUACUGACAUGCUGAAGAAUUACCAUAGUCUUUACCGCUCUCUACCUAACCCACCUCAAAAUGGAGUGUCUCAGGCUAAUGCAGCUCUUCUAGGUGAAUCCACAAUCACUAUGCCUAGUGUCAAGCAUGGAUUUUGUGACAAUUUAGAUAAUAUUUGCCAUUCUAUCAAACAAAUGAAGGAAGAGCUCCAGAAGUCACAUGACAGGGAGUUGGAACUUACUAGUGAACUUGAAACUUUUAAAACUGACAGAAGUGUUCAGAGUAAUGGCCAAUAUGAACUGUCCCCCAUUCACAGGGAAAAAAUUAACUGUAUGAAGGGAGAAAGUGUGGACAGUACUUUAAGUGAAGAUAAAAAAUCAAAAAGGAUUAAAGAAUUAGAAACUUUAGUAUACAAAUUACUCCCACUUAGAGAAACUGUGCCAAAAGUCCAUGUGACUUUUUGUAGGAGAUGUAAAAAAUUACCUAAGGGUGAAAUAUACAGGGGGAAAAGGAACGAGAAAAAUAAUGUGGAAAUUCCUAUCACUAGCAAGAAUAUUACAGAUUUAAAAUUCCACAGCAGAGUCCCAAGAGACACCCUGUCAUUCCUUGACCAAACAAAACAUAAAAUGAAAGACAAAGAAAGACAAUCAUUUGCCAUGAAACAGGGAUCAGUAAUAUUUGAAAAUGAAAAAGCAUCUAAACUCAACCCUGUGACCGAGCAGUGUGUUGCAAAAAUCCAUUACUUACAGAAUUACUUAAAAGAGUCUGUGCAGAUACAGAGAAAAGUCACAGAGCUAGAGAAUGAAAAUCUAACCCUUAAAGCCAAAAUAAAACUGUUAGUCCUGACCACACAAUCUCUGAUUCAGAAAAUUGGAACAUAUGAAACGCAAUUUAAAAAACUGAUUGAAGACAAGAACACUAGCCAGUGCAGGCUAAUUAAUGCAGAAGAAGAUAAAAAAGAAUGUCUGAAUGAAUUUAAAAAAAUCAUCAGUAAGUUGAACGUCCUUCAGUGCCAAAAUAAAACCCUGGAGGAAAAAAUUGUUCAGCUUUCUAUGGAGAAACAGCAAAUGACUGAAACACUAGAUCAACUAAAAAUCAAGGAGCACAAAACACAAAAUGAGUUUGCCUGUGUCAAUAAUGAAAAUAACCAAAUGAGACUAGAAAUGGAAUCAAUGAAAAAAAAUAUUCUGUUGCUGCAAGAUGAAAAAGAAAUGUUAGAAAAAAACACAUCACAGCUUCUAAAGGACAAAAGCUCACUUGAGAAAGAACUCAGUGAAAAUCAGGUAGAGAUAGUGCAACUAAAAGAGAAAACAAGAUUGGCGAAGACUGAACAAGAGACACUUCUUCAAAUCAUUGAAGCAUUUAAAAAUGAAAAAUUUGACCUUGAAGCAACAUUACAAGAAUCUACCGCUGCUAGACAGAUGAUGGAAAGAGAAGUGGAAAAGAUUCAGACCUACCAAUCUACUGCAGAAGAGUCUUUUUUGAAAGAAAUUAAAAAUGCGAAAUCUGAAGCAAGUAUUUAUAAGAAUAGUUUAUCAGAAAUGGGAAAGGAGUGUGAAAUGUUAUCAAAAAUGGUAAUAGAAAUUAAAACAGACAAUCAGAUCCUAAAAGAAGAACUAAAGAAACAUAGCCAAGAAACUAUGAAAUUUGAAAGUAGCAUCAGUCGGCUUACUGAAGAUAAAAUCCUUUUAGAAAACUAUGUAAGGAGUAUACAAAAUGAAAGGGAUACCUUGGAAUUUGAGUUGCGGAAUCUUCAACGAGAGUAUUUUAACUUAACUGAUAAAGUCUGUAAUCCGCAUAGUGAACUAUCAAACAAGGCUUACAUCUCAAAAAGGGAGAAAUAUCACUUCGACAGCUCUGCUACUUAUGAAGAACCUUCUAAUCCCAGAGGUAGAGCAUUAGUUCCUAAAAUAAAAGGUAUGUAUAGUAUAUUGCAGUGA